AUGGUUACUUACCUCGUUAUUGGCGCCUCUCAAGGCAUUGGUCUGGCACUUGCAGAUGCACUCAGCAAGAACCGUGAAGACAAGGUGAUUGCAACCCAAAGAAAGGAGUCGACGGAGUUGAGAAAGCUCACAGAGCGGAAAAACGUGGUGAUUCUGAAUUUGGACGUUGCAGACCAGAAAUCGAUCGCCGAGUUUGGAGAGAAACUUAAGGCGACCGUUGAUUCAAUCGACAUUGCGAUCUUCAAUUCCGCCGUUGCAAAGGCUACUACUCCGUUGCUGGAGACCACUGCCGAAUCGUGGACAGAGCAUUUUGUUACCAAUUCCUUGGGUCCAGUCCUAGUGUACCCGCAAGUUCACCCAUUGUUGCUCAAGUCUGACAUCAGAAAAGUGUUCUUCAUGUCCAGUACUGCUGGCUCAAUCCAGGAACAGGUGCCAUACCCAGUUGAUGCUUACGGUGCCUCCAAAGCUCAUCUGAACUAUUCUGUCCGAAAAUUGAGCCAGGAGCUGGCAGGUGAGCACUUUACAAUUGUCCUAUUGCAUCCAGGAACUGUAUCAACCAACGCCUUCAAUGCGGUCGUCAGCAUAUUGGCCGGCGGAGACACUGAAUUGGAAGAAGGAGCCAGAAAUAUGGCUAUCACUCCGGAAACCUGCGCCCAGCAGAUUCUGGCUGCGAUCAAGGCUCUUGAAGAGAAAGAUAACGGUAGAUUCGUUCAAAUUAGUGAUCUGGAGAACGUUUCUUUCUGA